GACCCAUCAGCUGUCAAAAGUGCGUAUGUUCUUGGACAAAAACAAACUUUUUACAUCGGAUGGUUACUGUUCGUCGUAGCUUCGGAAGAAAAUAAAAAUAGUAAAUUUUCUCGUUCAGCACGUGUAAUCAAAACCCGGUUCAAAAUUGAGAAUAACAAAGGCAAACCGAGUGCGGGAAAAUCUUCCAAGGGCAAACAGCAGCAGGUCAGCGCUAUGAAGCCUACCAUCGUGGCGGACGAGAUGUUCCCGGAAGGACCGGGCCCUUUCAUGGACCUGGAAGAGGCCGGGGGAUCAACUGGAUUGCUGAUGGAUUUAGCUGCCAAUGAAAAGGAUGUUCAUGCAGAUUUCUAUAAUGAUUUUGAUGAUCUGUUCGACGAAGAUGAGGAAAAUUUAGUUUAAAGUGAGAUUAUGGGAGUAAAUCUAAUAAACUACGUUAUCCUUUACUA